CAUGUUGAAAUUUAUAUUCACCAUUUUUUAGUAGACGAGGUUGACAAACCUCUUUUUGGCUGAGAAGAGUAAGCUGGGCUAAAAUUUAUAGUUACCGAAGAAACUCCGCUAAAAUGGAUUUUACUUCGCAAUUAAAAAGCUAUCUGUCCGGAGAUGUGAUUCUGUACUACAUAAUCGGCUUCAUUUUACUCGAAAAUGUUUUUGAACUUUAUCUGAUAAUGCGGCAAGUCAAUGUUUACAAGACUUCAAAGAAGGUGCCGGUCGAGCUGAAAAAUGAACUAACAAUGGAAACGUUUGACAAAGCUCGCCUGUACGGACUGGACAAAUCUCAAUUUUCGAUUGUGAAAUCGAUUCUGCUAGAAGUAAUCCUGGUGCCAUUGGAACUGUACUACGGCGUACUCUCGUUAAUGUGGUACAAGAGCCAGGAACUUACCGCUCAAUUGAAUUUGAAUCCUGACAGUGAAAUUCAGACCAGCUGCGUAUUGAUUCUCGUACUGACCGUUGUCAGUUUGGUCAAGGAAAUGCCGUUCACAAUUUACAGCGUAUUCGUGUUGGAAGAAAAACAUGGUUUCAACAAGCAGACGGCCGGUUUCUUUGUGAUCGAUCAACUCAAGUCACUUGCACUCAGCAUUACGUUAACUCUGCCGAUAGCUAGUGCUGUUAUUUACAUUGUGCAGAUUGGUGGACAGUAUUUCUUUGUGUGGUUGUGGUUGUUCGUCGGAAUCGUUACGCUGCUAUUCGUAACAAUUUAUCCCGUUUUUAUUGCACCACUUUUCGACACCUAUCGACCAUUGGAUGAUGGUCCGCUAAGAAAAUCGAUCGAAGAAUUAUCAGCUAAAUUGAAGUUCCCAUUGAAGCAGUUGUACGUCGUGGAAGGAUCCAAGCGUUCAGCUCAUUCUAACGCUUACUUUUACGGACUGUGGGGAUCGAAGAGAAUCGUCUUAUUCGACACAUUAUUGAUCAACAAAGGCAAGCCAAUCGAAGAGAAUAAAUCUGAAGAUGCAACAGAAGGAGAUACCCUACUACCCGCUAAAGACAACAAGGGUUGCGAAGACAGCGAAGUUUUGGCUGUUUUGGCUCAUGAGCUCGGACACUGGAAACUCGGCCAUGUAACCAAAAAUAUUAUCAUCUCGCAGGUGCAUCUGUUUCUGAUGUUCUUCGCAUUCGGCUACUUGUUCCACUUCGAUCCGGUUUACAGGGCUGUUGGUUUCAAAGAAGGCGAAAAACCAGUUUUGGUUGGACUAAUUCUGAUCUUCACCUACAUAUUCGGUGCUUACAAUUCACUGAUCACAUUCGCCAUGACCGUAUUGUCCAGGAAAUUCGAGUAUCAAGCCGAUGAAUUUGCACAGAAAUUGGGCUACAGCAAUGAAUUGAGCAAGGCGCUGAUCAAAUUGAAUAUUGACAAUUUGGGUUUCCCCAUCUACGACUGGAUGUACUCAUCAUGGUCGCACUCACAUCCAACACUGUUGCAGCGAAUGGACCGAUUGAAGCAAAAUAAGAAGACGAAUUAGAAGCCGACUGUUGCUUGAUUAAAAAAAAAACAUUUUCCAAAAAUAAUUUAACGACUGAACAGAAUUGAAAUGGCGUGUGUUUGCGAUGGUUUUUACGACGUGUUCAUGGAUGUGUUUUGUGGUAAAUUUCUUUCGGCGUAUGAGCGUAAGUUAAUUCAAUAAAUAAAGCCAGUAAGUCAUUUCGCUAAAAA